UAGCGUAGCGAUCGGUGCUGUGGGCAGUGCUACUGGUACCACUACUGUGCUACACCCGGGCAGUUCAAAGAUGAGCAGCGCCCCGGCGAGCACUGGCGGCGGAGAGCGCCGGAGCAUCCGCGGCCUGUUCAAGUUCGCGGACCGGGUGGAUGUCUUGCUCAUGGUCCUGGGCACGCUGGGUGCCAUCGGCGACGGGUGCUCCACCAACCUCCUCCUCAUCUUCGCCAGCGACGUGAUGAACUCGCUGGGGCGCGGCCACGCCCAGCAGCAGGGCCGUGCCGGCAGCGUGGACUUCAUGCAUGACAUCGAGAAGUCGUGCCUCAACUUUGUCUACCUGGCCUUCGCCAUCCUGGUGGUGGCGUCCAUGGAAGGGUAUUGCUGGAGCCGGACGAGCGAGAGGCAAGUGCUCCGAAUCAGGCACCUGUACCUGCAGGCCAUCCUGCGGCAGGAGGUGGCCUUCUUCGACUCGCAGGAGGCCACCACUUCGGAGAUCAUCAACAGCAUCUCCAAGGACGCAUCACUCAUCCAGGAGGUCCUCAGCGAGAAGGUUCCUCUAUUUCUUGUGCACUCUACAGUCUUUGUCUCUGGGCUGGCCUUCUCCACCUAUUUCUCAUGGAGGUUGGCUCUGGUUUCUUACCCUCUAGUCCUGCUCCUGAUCAUCCCUGGUCUCAUCUACGGCAAGUACCUCCUGUAUCUCUCCCGCGAAUCGCGCCGUGAGUACGCCAAGGCAAACUCCCUGGUCGAGCAAGCACUCAGCUCCAUCAAGACCAUUUAUUCAUUCACCGCAGAGAAAGGAAUAAUCCAGAAGUAUACAGCAAUCCUUGACAGGACCAUCAACCUGGGGAUCAAGCAGGGCAUUGCCAAAGGUCUCGCUGUAGGAUUCACUGGCCUUGCUUUUGCCAUUUGGGCCUUCCUCGCCUGGUACGGCAGCAGAUUGGUGAUGUACCACCAUGAAAGUGGAGGAAGGAUAUAUGCUGCAGGAAUCUCCUUUGUUCUGGGUGGCCUAGCCCUUGGAAUGGCAAUCCCAGAGCUGAAACAUUUCAUUGAGGCUUCCGUUGCUGCCACGAGAAUUCUCGAACGGAUAAACCGUGUGCCACAGAUCAACGAUGAUGACCCAGAGGGGCUUGUUUUGGAUCAAGUCCGCGGCGAGCUCGAGUUUGAAUCUGUCCGCUUCGUGUACCCAUCGAGGCCUAAUAUGACAAUCCUCAAAGACUUCAACCUCCAGAUUCCUGCUGGCCAAACAAUUGCUUUGGUCGGGUCUAGUGGCAGCGGCAAGUCUACCGCAAUAGCACUGGUGCAGCGCUUUUAUGAUGCCAGUGAAGGAACUGUCAAGAUCGAUGGCGUCGACAUUAAGAAACUGAAGCUCAAGUCGAUCAGGAGCAAGAUGGGACUUGUCAGCCAAGAUCAUGCACUGUUCGGCACGUCCAUAAAGGAGAACAUCUUAUUUGGAAAGCCAGAUGCAACCAUGGAUGAACUGUAUGCAGCAGCCAUGACAGCAAACGCUCACAACUUCAUAAGGGGGCUUCCAGAGGGAUAUGAGACCAAGAUUGGUGAGCGUGGAGCAUUGCUAUCAGGUGGUCAAAAGCAGCGCAUUGCCAUCGCAAGGGCGGUCAUCAAGAACCCUGCUAUAUUGUUGCUUGAUGAAGCCACAAGCGCACUUGACUCGGAAUCAGAAAAGCUGGUGCAGCAUGCACUUGAUCAAGCAUCUAUGGGAAGAACAACACUGGUUGUAGCUCACAAGCUUUCCACCGUAAAGAAUGCCAAUCAGAUUGCAGUAGUUGAUGGGGGUACCAUAGCUGAAAUUGGCACACAUGAGGAAUUGAUUAACAAGGGUGGCCCAUAUUCACGACUUGUGAAGUUGCAGAAGAUGGUGAGCUACAUUGAUCAAGAAAGUGACCAAUUUAGGGCCUCUUCUGCAGCCAGGACCAGUGCCAGCCGUCUCAGCAUGUCCAGAGCAAGUCCCAUGCCACUUACGCCAGGUGUUUUAAAGGAAACUGGGUCACAUGUUUCCCCUCCCGCGCCAUCUUUCUCCAGGCUUCUUGCAAUGAAUGCACCAGAGUGGAAACAAGCAGUCAUAGGCAGCAUGUCUGCAUUGGUAUAUGGUUCCUUACAGCCCAUCUAUGCUCUGACCAUCGGAGGUAUGAUUGCUGCAUUCUUUGUUCAGGACCGCAAUGAGAUGAAUGCAAUUAUCAGCCGGUACGCAAUGAUCUUUUGUUCAUUGUCCGUCGUAUCCAUAGUUGUUAAUCUAUUGCAACACUACAAUUUCGCCUAUAUGGGGGAGCAUCUAGUUAGGCGCAUCCGAGUCCAAGUACUUGAAAAAAUCUUAACCUUCGAGGCAGCAUGGUUUGAUGAAGACACUAACUCAAGUGGUUCACUGUGCUCUCGGCUAAGUGAUGAGUCUUCUCUUGUUAAAACCCUUGUUGCAGACAGAAUAUCCCUGCUACUUCAAACAGCUUGUGGUAUUGUAAUUGCAGUGACAAUGGGCCUAGUAGUAGCAUGGAAACUUGCUCUUGUCAUGAUUGCUGUGCAGCCCUGUACGAUGAUCUGCUACUAUGCCAAGAAGAUAGUUCUCUCAAAUGUGUCAAGGGACUUGGCAAAGGCCCAGUACCAAAGUACUCAGAUUGCCAUAGAAGCUGUUUACAACCACAGGAUGGUAACCUCAUUUGGAUGCUCAUCAAAGAUUCUUCAGCUCUUCGAGCAUACGCAAGAGGGACCACUGAGGAAAGCAAGGAAGAAGUCGUGGGUAGCGGGGAUAACCACAGGGCUGUCACCUUGCCUCACAUUCUUAUCAUGGGCACUGGACUUCUGGUAUGGUGGGAAAUUGGCACAGUCCGGGGAGAUCACAGCGGGUGAUGUAUUCAAAACCUUUUUCGUCUUGGUAAGCACAGGAAAGCUGAUUGCUGAUGCUGGCAGCAUGACUUCCGACCUGGCAAAGGGAGCAAACGCUGUAGCUUCAGUGUUCGAGGUGCUAGAUAGGAAAUCUAUCUCUCCGCAAAAUUCACAGGUGGAAAAGGACGAUCCAAAGAGCAAAAUACAAGGAAGAAUAGAGUUCAAAAAGGUAGAUUUUGCAUAUCCAACAAGACCAGAAUGCCUAAUCCUGCAGGAUUUUAGCUUGGACGUCAAAGCAGGAACAAGUAUUGGCCUGGUGGGUAGAAGUGGAUGUGGCAAAUCUACUAUCAUAGGUUUGAUCCAGAGGUUCUACGAUGUUGAUAGAGGUGCUGUAAGGAUUGAUGGUAUGGAUGUGAGGGAGAUGAAUAUUCUUUGGUUUCGAGGAUUUACCGCUCUAGUCAGUCAGGAACCUGCGAUGUUUUCUGGUAGCGUCAGGGACAACAUUGCCUUCGGUAAGCCAGAAGCUGAUGAAGAAGAGAUUGUGGAAGCUGCUAAAUCGGCAAAUGCACAUGAAUUCAUCUCAUCUCUGAAGGACGGAUAUGACACUGAUUGUGGAGAGCAUGGUAUACAAUUAUCAGGAGGACAGAAGCAAAGAAUUGCAAUUGCGAGGGCAAUAAUCCGCAAUCCAGCUAUACUACUACUUGAUGAAGCAACAAGUGCUCUCGAUGCACAGUCAGAGCAAGUGGUGCAGGAGGCACUUGAUCGAAUCAUGUCAGGGAGGACUACAAUUGUGGUGGCACAUCGACUAAACACAAUCAAGAAUGCAGACUCAAUAGCCUUCUUAGGAGAGGGCAAGGUGAUUGAGCGUGGUACUUAUCCACACCUCAUGAACAAGAAGGGAGCAUUCUAUAACCUGGCAACCCUUCAGAAGUAGAUUGAUUGUAUAAUGUAACCACGGCAAUAAGUAAUAUCAUAGCCUAAUUAUAGUGUAAGAUCAGCAUCCAUCGACAUGUUUUGAGCCAAAAAAAUUCAAUCAUCAGCUCAAUUCAGGAGACAUUUUUUUCAA